AUGGUAUCCCCUCCAUCUGAGGUGCCCGUCGCAGUGGGUGCCCUGGGAGACCAGGCCCGUGGCUUCUCCUGGUUGUCGAACGCCGGCAUCGUCAAGCUCAAUCUGAUGCUGCUUCUGUUCCAAAUCUCCAGCUAUGCCACUGGCUAUGACGGUUCUAUGAUGAAUGGACUCCAGUCCCUGGACAGCUGGAAAGAGUCCUUCAACUACCCCGGCGCCUCUGAACUUGGACUUCUGAAUGCCAUUCAGAAUGUUGGCCAACUCGUCGCUCUGCCAUUCUGUGCAAUCAUUUGUGACAGAUUUGGUCGCCGGCCCGCCCUAAUAUUCAGUGCCUUUAUCCUGCUCAUCGGUGUGGCAUUACAAGCUGCAGCACAGAAUGUCGGCAUGUUUAUCGCGGCUCGUGGAAUUCUCGGUCUCGGCCUUGCGCUUAACAUCACUGCCGCGCCCUUGCUGCUCCUGGAAUUGGCAUAUCCAAAACAACAAGGUCCUAUGGUUGCAAUUUACAACAGUCUAUGGAACCUAGGAGCCCUGAGUGCGGCCUGGAUUACAUUUGGAACUUUCCGAAUCGGUAACACAUGGGCGUGGCGAAUUCCCUCCUUACUCCAGGGCCUAUCCAGUAUUGUCCAGAUUGGUCUCUGCUUCCUUGUUGAAGAGUCGCCGCGUUGGCUGAUAUCAAAGGAACGCUACGACGAUGCCAAGAAGCUCAUCACUAAAUAUCACGCCAACGGUAAUGAAUCAGACCCUAUGAUUGCUCUAGAGAUGGAAGAAAUUAGUGUUGCCCUCCGUUUGGAAGCCGAAUACAAUCGGACCACUUCUUACUUGUCAUUCUUCCAGACCAAGGGCAACCGCCGCCGUUUUUUCAUCAUUCUCGCUGUUGGCUUCUUUUCGCAGUGGAGUGGAAACGGGCUCAUAAGUUAUUACCUAACGCUGAUUCUGAACUCCAUUGGAUAUACAUCUGAGAACACGCAGACUCUUAUCAAUGCUCUUCUUACCGUCUGGGGAAUGAUCUGGAGUCUUUUCUUCUCUUCGAUCAUCAACCGUUUCGGCAGACGCACCAUGUUCCUAGCCUCUACCAUCGGUUGUAUGGUUGUUUACAUCGUGUGGACCGCCCUUGAAGCAACUUAUGAGAAGCAGACAGACCUUGAUGGUACAGGAGGUGAUGGGUACGCUAAAGGCGUGCUUGCCAUGAUCUUCUUGUACAACUUCACUUUCAGUCUCGGUUGGACACCGCUGCAGGUCACCUAUGUCAUUGAGAUCCUUCCGUUCAAUCUCCGUGCUCGCGGUCUUGUGCUCUACAACUUCUUCGUCGCUCUGGCACUGAUUUUCAACCAAUAUGUCAAUCCCAUCGGGGUCACGAAUAGCGGAUGGAAGUAUUAUAUCAUGUAUGAUGUGUGGCUGGCGUUUGAGGUAGUGGUGGUCUACUUCCUAUUUGUGGAAACUGGUUCGUUGAGCUUGGAAGAGACAGCGGCCGUGCUAGACGGCGACGAUUACAGAAACAAACUCGUGGAUAAUGCAGCGAGUAAUGCGGAGAAGAAGCUCGGGGUCGAGAGACAAACGGUCGAGGAGACGACGAGCAAGACAGAAUAG